UUGAGAUGCGAUCCUGACAUAAUAUUUCCUGAACUAAUAAAUAAAAUCUCCAACUGGAACUGGUUUAUAAAUUUAAUUUAAUUUACAGUAUAUGAUGACGACGCUAAGACACUCUGAUAACACACUUCACUCCGACAAAGACAAAAGACACAAAACUCCAGUUUGCCCCGCCGACACCAUCGCUGAUGAACCGACAUAUAAAGAUUUUUCUUGGUCAAGCAAGCCCAACUGCCCAACGAAGAAGGAAGUCGUGGUAUAUAAAUAUCAUAAUUGUACACACACACACACAGUACAAGCACCUCUCUCACUCCACUCUUGCUUUAGUGACUACUUCAAAUAUAUAGAAGAAGAACUCUGAAGGAUAACAUGUCAAAUACUAGCAGCUCUCAUCAUAGCUUCACAAGCUUCGCUACUGGUUGGUUAACCCGUCACAGGUAUUUCGUCGAACAGCUUACGUGCGCUUCUUCAUCUUCUUCCUCCGACGUCACUCUCGAAGAACAACAAUCUCUUGUGACCCAGUUCUUAUCUCACUGUCUUCAAUACUACCAAGAGAAAUACGCCGCCGUCUCCAUCGCCGGAGACAACGUAUUCACUUUCUUCUGCCCGCCGUGGUUCAGCUCCUAUGCUAAACUCAUUCUCUGGGUCGGCGACUUUAAGCCUUCUUUGAUCUUCAAACUCACCGACGCCUCCGUCGACGACCUCACGAGCCACCAGCAGGACCGGAUCUCGAGUCUCCGGUCUGAUACUAGGAGGAAAGAGAGAGAAGUGAUGAGAGAUUUCGCGCUCGUGCAGCAGAGCGUGGCGGAUCCGCCGGUGAUGCUCGCGGCGAGGCGAGUCGGGGCAGUGGGAAUGGUAGACGGAGAAGAGUCUGAUUUGGAGGAGGCGAUGGAGGUGCUCAAAUCCGGGAUGGCGGCGGCGAUGAACAACGCAGAUCAGCUACGGUGUUCAACGGUGGGGAAAGUGGUGGAGAUUCUUACUCCGUCGCAGGCGAUAAAGGUGUUGAGGACAAUCGGAGAGCUUCACCUCCGUCUCAGAGAAUUGAAUUUGGAGAGUGACCACGAAAGAGCUUGAUAACAACCGUUUUAAUUUGCUUCUUCGAACAACAAUGGAGUCACGAAUUUUUUUUUGGGUUUGGAAACAUCCACUUAAGCCUGAUUGAUAUAUUUAGAUUUCCUUUUUGUUGAUUUUCAUCUUAAAGAAAAACAUUUGAAAAAAAUUGGGCAUUUUUGUUUC